CCGUCUCCUCCUGUUGGAGAUAAAUUAACGGAAAGCAGCUGUCGGUUGUUUUAGAGGCGAGGCGGCCGUCUGGCAGCUCAGGGAUCCCGUUUUGCCUCUUUCUUUCUUCCUGGUCAGUCCUCUUUUCCCGGGACUCCGCUGCUGCUGCUGCUGCACCGCGCCCCUCCAGUCCCGAGCACCGAGGAGCCGCACCGCCGCACGCCGGCCACAGCGCGCUGCAGGACGGAUAGACAUGUUGCCGAGGUCCGCCGGUCGCCGCGGAUCUCCCGCGGUUUGAAAUGCAGUUUCGGGACGUUUUGGAGAUUUACACCGUCCACCACCACUACCGGCCGCUCUUGCCUCGCAACCCCCCGGCUCCGACACCACACAGGGCUUCCCUGUGACUUUUCUUUUUUUUUCUUAUUUGUGUGGAAAUUUUCGGCUUUUCUAACGGGACUUUUUCAUCUUGUUGCCGGAGAUGUUCUUCGUGUCUGGGCUGAAAGUUGUGCGCUCCCCGGCGGAGGGCCUCUAACAGGUCCGGACAGUACAUGUAACCCGAGGCGGAGGUCAAAGUUCAGCUCUGGUUGGAAAUGUGAAAGCGAAGGGGGCAAAAGGAGGGCUCUAUUUACCCCUCUCUCUCUCACACACACACUCUCACUCCUUUUUUUUUUUCUGUUCUUUCCUUUUUUCACGUUACACAUCACUGCGCACACUCACGCGCAAACACACACACAUACACACAGGCUGGAGUUACAGUAACACCCCCCACCCCCACACACACAAACAAACACACACACCUCUUCCAGAUCUAAGAUUAGAUCCGACAGAUAUGUAUUCUCCGCUAUGUUUAACACAGGAUGAAUUCCAUCCUUUCAUCGAAGCCCUGCUGCCCCACGUCCGGGCCUUCGCCUACACAUGGUUCAACCUGCAGGCCCGCAAGAGGAAGUACUUCAAGAAGCACGAGAAGCGCAUGUCCAAGGAGGAGGAGCGCGCCGUGAAGGACGAGCUGCUCGGCGAGAAACCCGAGGUUAAGCAGAAGUGGGCGUCGCGCCUCCUGGCCAAGCUGCGCAAGGACAUCCGGCCCGAGUUCCGGGAGGACUUUGUGCUGACGGUGACGGGGAAGAAGCCGCCGUGCUGCGUGCUGUCCAACCCCGACCAGAAGGGCAAGAUGAGGCGGAUCGACUGCCUGCGCCAGGCGGACAAAGUGUGGAGGCUGGACCUGGUCAUGGUGAUUUUAUUCAAAGGGAUUCCCCUCGAAAGCACUGACGGGGAGAGGCUGGUAAAGUCUCCGCAGUGUUCGAACCACAUCCUGUGCGUGCAGCCGCAUCACAUUGGAGUUUCCGUCAAGGAGCUGGAUCUCUACCUGGCCUACUUCGUGCACGCAGGUAAGUUCUCUUCUUCUUCUUUGUGUGUGUGUGUGUUGUGUCGCCGAGCUGCUGAAGCUGCAGCUCUUUGUUUGGUCUUUCGCAACAUCUGAUGCUCCACAGUCCUGUUUGUUGUGGCAUUCUGUGAUGCGUGGCUGAAAAGUGUCACAUUACUUCAAACAAAUAGCACCGAUACUCUGGAACUUAUCGACUGGUGACAGGAAUCCUCGGCCAAAAAUCGAGCAUUUAGUUGUGAUAUUCGUUUACGGAACAUUCAGAGCGUUGGAAAGAUCCCUGACUGAAAGCAGUAGUCAAUGUUAGCUACAUGCUUUCCUGUUUUACACUUACUGUUUCUAGUUUCCAAUUUGAUUGUGGCUUGUAAUCCGUCUACAAAUCUGUCACAUUAUCUACUUCCAUCGACGGGUUACGUUAGCUACCGGUCCAAGCAGAUGUACUCUAACUUUGGACAAUAGGUCAAGCAGCUUAAUCAUUCCAAAGAAUGUUGGACUGUUUUCUUGGAGGGAUUUAAAUGUCAGAUUUAAACUCAUCGGGUAUUAUUGUCUUUUUCAGAUAAUUUUUUUGGGGAGCCUUUUGUAGAUGGACAAUAGCGUGGAGGCAGACAGGAAACAGAUAGAGAUAAAGGGUAUGGCAUGUAACAAAGGUCAUGAGGCCGGAAUUCAACCAAAGAUGUUGCAGUUAUAUGGCUACAGAUGCGUGUUUUCUAAAAUCAUAUUUUUUUUGUCUUGAACAUCAAAGUUCCUUCUUGACGUCGGAAUCUUUUGGCAAACAAUUUCACCUCGAGGUCCAUUUAGUAGCUGUUUCUGGACCUUUCAGUCGUCUCACAUGGUCAUCAGCGGGUGCAGACAAUGAAUGACUGCGAAGGUGGACUAGAAGUCUUUUAAAGUGCUCAGAAAAAAAGUCCCAUCUGCUGAGGAAGAACAUGUGAUUUGAUUGAAAGCUUCAGAACUUCUUCUAAAUGCUUGUUUCAAGAUAUUUUUUGAAAAGUAGCUGAAAAAGUUUCUGCUGAAAAACAAGUUUUCUCCAGAAAUUCUCCAGAUCUAUUCUUUUUUAGGGUUCAGAUACACACUCAUCAGUGUGUCUGACACUUGUUUAUCUGGUAGUUUGAGGAUGAAGAAUCCAGCUCCCUCUCCCAGCGAGCGUGUUAUCAGCUGCAGACAGGCGUAAUUUCAUCAGCGGUCAGUAAAGCAGAAGUCUGAGGAAACAAGAAAAGGUCUGUGCCAGAACCCCGUCACCCUGGCGGGCCCCCUGAGAGCGGUAGCAGGUCGCUGUGUUUUCUGGGUGAAGCUGGCACACCUUCCAUGUUUAAAAACAAUUAUCUUUGGAGUGAUUGCUCAGCACGUUUUCCCCCGAUUUGCCACUGAUUCCACGGGAAAAUGAUUUGGCUGGUUGGAGUAUUUGUGCGUGCAGCAGCGAGCGUGCAGAGGAGGCGUUUGGCAGACUGUAUAAGUGCUUGGCACCGAGCUCCUGAGUUUGUUUGGGGAUUUGGAUUUUUCUUGAGAAAAGGAGGACGGCGUCGGUGUAAAAUAAUCCACAAGAUCCACUAUCAGAUUCCUUCACUGGGAAAACUGAUACUUCAAUAUGUUCUACUUAGCAUUUUCCGUCUGUAAUCAAGUCCCCAAAGUUUUAUUUUCUGAGAAAAAAUCGUAUUCAAUCUUAAUCAAAUAUUCCAACCUAGUUCCAAUAAAGGUUUCUGAAGUAUUUUCUGAAGUCAAUUUAGUUUUUAUUGAAUUUCAAAGUUAAUUCUUGACGUUGGAAUCAAAUCCCCUCAAUGUCCAUUUAGCAGCUGCUUCUGGACCUUUCGAUCACAUCCCAUGGUCAUCAGCAGGAGCAGACGUUAAGCGUCUGGACUUUAAAGCAAAAGUGGACUAGAAGUCUUUAAAGUGCUCAGGAAAUUUGAAGUGUGAUGAUUAAAUUAAUAAACUCCAGCCGCUGAGGAAGAUCAUGCGAUAUGACUGAAAGCUGCAGAACUGCCUCAAAAUGCCCCAAUGUUCCUUUUUUUGUUUGUCAAUUUCUACCAGAAACAAGUUGAUUUCUUUCUGCUGAGGAAAUCUUUUUGGUGGGGUUCAAAUGCAGACCCAACUGGAAAAAGAAAAUCUUAAAAGAUUAGUUUUUUUAAGAGGACAUUCAUGGGAACAUUUUUAAUGUCAGAAAAAGCAGUGACGUUUCAUCCGGGAUCCGUCGGCAGUCACAAACACUCGUUUGCGUUCUGGAAAGAUCUCUGAACCAUAACUCCAAUAAUUUCCCUCUCACCGACUUAAGCCCCCCCCCCCAUGUGUGUGUUAUCACAGUGCGGUCGCAGCGAUCAGCUGUGUGCAGGUUCACACUGAGCUCCCUUCAGUCCAAGAGGAAAACGUUGCUGCUGCUGCUGCUGCAGUCGCCGUGUUUGCGGUUUUAUUUCGAGGGUGGACGCUCGGUCGGAAAAGCUCUGGAUCUUGGCACAGAGUGAGAAACCCUCAGUGAGGUUGAAUAAACUGGGGUUUGGCUGCUUGUCACAGAGCAUUUGUGGUGGCAAGUCUUGAGAAUAUGUUGGUUUUGGUUUUGUCUUUUGCUAAAUUUAGGUUUUACAUUUGAUUCCAGAAUGUUGAAGCCUUUUUGAGUGUUCAGGACUUAGUCUCUUGAGAGGGAGACGAGCAAAACUGGAUGCCCUCCCACACCUCUUCGUCCGCCCCUAGUCUGGGCGAAGAAGGAUCGGGUUUCUUCCUGCCUCUUAUUUAAGGCAGCGGAGCUCCUCUGGAGCGGCGGCGUUGAUUAAAAGCCACGUGAAGCUCGGACUGACCUCAGAGGGCUGGCAGGACCGGAGGCGUGGCCUGUCAGGACGUCAAAGAGUCGGUAAUUAAAUUCAUGCCCGCAUCGCUCGGGAUGGAGGGGGGGAGGGGGGCUGAGGACCAACGGUGUUGCCAGCGGAAACCGCAGCGCACCACCAACCAUUUAUUAUUUAAUCCUGUGAGUGUUCAGCAGCGGGACGGUUAACAAACCUCAAAAGACGUAAGGGCUGAAGUUGGUUUCAGCUUGGUAGUUGAGCUGGUUGGUGUUCGUCUUCGUUUCUGCAGUUUGUCAGUGUUUCUGUUUUCACUUGAAGAGAUUCUGUUGGCUGAAGUCCUGUUUUAGGACAUUUAUUUUUCUAUUAUCUUGCCGUUUUGACUCUGACUUGUCCUGCCGAUCACACUUUUUAUUCUCCAAUUGUCUUUUUUGUUCUUGUCGUACUCGUACAGUAGGUGUUGGUUUUCCUUAUAGUUCUCCUGUUGCUCUCGUUUCAGACCGGAGUGGCUACAGUUUUCAACUAGAGAUGCACUGAUACUGAUAUCGGAUAUCGGACAGAUACUGACUCAAAUAGUCGAAUCAGGUAUCAGCAACAACGGGCCGAUCUGCUAUCGGAUACCUUAACAAUUCAGUGCAUUUAUAUCUAUGUAUUUAUUUGUUACAUUUCAUUGUACAAAGUUAGGAAAACAAAUCUGACACAUAAAAUAAUGAUCCCAGUCACUUCCACACAGCUCAUUAAAUAAACACUGCUAUUGGAUUGAUAUUCUGUAUUAGCGAUACCCAAAGUAUUAGUAUUUGAUCUGAACUGAAAAAAUCAGAUUGGUUCAUUUACCAAUGGAACAUUUUUUUAAAAGAACAUAUUUAAGUUGCAAAAUUACUGAAUACUGAGUGCAUCUGCAAAAUAUUUGCAUAUUUUAUUUAAUUUCUUUCUGCAUGAAUGACAUUUUUAUGGUCGUGGUUAGACUCUCGCAGCUCUCAUUAAAAGUUGAGGGAAAGAUGAAGUCCUGGUUAAAUGUUGCACAGAAAGGAUGUGUUUUUAACCAUAUUCAACCAAAAGUCAUCUUUCCUGAUCCUUAACCAGAUGCUUUUAUUGUGUAAAUCUAGGCAGGAUGUGAACCCUGGUCUCUGGGGUCCAAGUCCUCCGCCGGAUUUGGUCAUUUGGGGACAAAAGGUCAUUAGGUUGAAAAGUGAAAGUUCUUUUACUCAGUUGACACUUUAAGCCAUUAAGUAACAAAUCAUUCUGUGGUUUGAGCUUCCUAAAUGAUGAAUGAAUGAAUCAUAAAUAACAACUAGAAAAUUCCUAAAGAAAUUUUGACAGUGUGGCUU